ACUGGAGGGUAUGGCAAGUCUUCAGAGAUAUGCUCACCCUAAAACAAGAGAGGAAUGAAAGACAAUCGUAUUUCUGUUUCCCACAGCUAUGGAGCUUUCCAUAUUGAGUAGCACACAGCAAUGUUACCAUCAUGACACGUAAACAUACAUUCCCCCUUUGAGUCAGACGUGUGAAUCUGUACAGUGAAAUAUCUGCCUGUGAAGUAACCUCAUCGCCAGGCUCAAUUGCUACAGUGACAGAGAGCCGGCUGGGUGGAGAUUAUCUGUGAGUAAUUAAUGCAGACCAGAGUCAACCCAGAAGUACUUAUACAGAUCCUAUUGGGGAUAACAACAGUAGUCGCACUUGUAGAAAUAAAGCGUAUCGAAUCACGCUUCAGACCAGCUUGAAACAAAAAGGAAUCCCAAAAAGCCUUCCUCAUCCCAGGACACUUCAACAGGAUGCCAGAAGAGCUGCAUUACUCUACAGUGGUUUUAAAAAAUUAAAAAAUGUCUUCACCAAAAGUGGAGGAGGGCCCUGCUCCCCACUCUCAAACCUUUGGAGGAGUGGCAUUCUGUUUGGGGGUUCUUUGUGUCCUGUUGGUGUCAACCAUUUUACCUCUCUGUGUCUACUUCAGCACUGCCCUCUCAGAGCACAACACAAAUUUGGUGAGGGAACUGGAGCAGCUAACAGAUGAGCAUAUAUCCCUACUGGCAGCCAAUCAGGACCUAAUGAAUCUCUACUGCAAGCUGAGUGUAGCCAAUCACAUUUUGCAGAGCGAUUACAUCAAAGUGUCUACUGAAAACCAGCAAUUGAAGGCAGAGAGGAUGAACUUGUCAAGAGAAAGGGAUGGGCUCAACUGGACUCUUGGGGUCAUAUUUCAGUUGAAGAAUUUCCCAGUUGAUAACUACUGCCCAUAUGAAGAUGCCAACACCAAAGAUAGAGCAUGCAAACCUUGUCAAGUUGGCUGGGUGCUGUUCCAAUCCAGUUGUUACCUGUUUCUGCACAUUAAAGUCCCCUUCGGUCACCUUUGGAGGACCUGGCAAGGAAGCAGACAGCACUGCAAAAACAACAAUGCCGAUUUGGUAGACAUAGGCAGUCAAGAGGAACAGGAAUUCAUUCUCAACAACACUCAAGCCUACUAUGAUGAAGAUCAUGGGUACUGGAUCGGCCUGACUGACAUAGCAGAAGACGGUCAAUGGCUUUGGGUUGAUGGACGUAAUCAGAAUCUGACUGAUGGGCAAACCUCAAAUCAAAAUGAAUCACCCCAAUGUAGCCCACCGUCUUCUACAGGUGAUGUAAAAAUAUCUCCAGUGUUUUUAGUUUCAACAGGGCGUACCCGAUUUCCCCCCGAAUCGAUAUCAGUGAUUUAUUGCCACCAGUCAAAACAGGGUUUUUGGUGCAUAAAAAAAUACAAGUAAUAUGAUUACUAAUUGUUGCACAUGUAUGAUAGUACAUUUUAUGUUUAGGUUUUCAAGAUACACGGUUUCUGCAUAUUGGGUAUUGUUUUGGACACGUUAAAACUGUUUUGACAUUGGGCUAUUAAUCCAAAUGGCUUGUGGAAAGGAAGCAGUAACAGCAUCAUUUAACAAGUUUUAGGAAUAUAAAUGUAACUUUCAACAUUCAAUUCCAAUGGUAUUGUACUUAAAUCUGGUUUAAAAACAGCUGAAUGAGUCCAAAAACGUGCUGUGGUGGAUUUAUUUUGAUGAUAUACCAUAAAAUCACCAAAAUCGCCCUGCCUACUAAUGUAAUUUACAAGCAAGUUCAAGCUGACAUAUGUAUAACGUUACACUUGAUAUAUUAUCAUUGCUACUGUUAUUUUCACUGUUGUUUUUAUUUCUUUACUUACCUAUUGUUCACCUAAUACCUUUUUUAACUUAGAAAUUACACUGUAAGUAAGCAUUUCACUGUAAGGUUGUAUUUGGCGCACGUGACAAAUAAACUUUGAUUUGAGAAACUCCUGUCCGUAAUCGAUGUUCAUUAGCUAACAGAUUGUCUAUCAUUAAUUGACUAUACUGUUACUAAAUACAUUUCUGAAAAUCUAACA